AACUUCACUCGGUUCAGUUUUGACGUGACACUUACAGGGUCGGUCGACGAAAAUGUUUUCAAUAAAACUAUUGUUCUGUGCGUUAUUACUAUGCUUCACAGUGCGUGCCAACAGCCAGACGGUGCAUAGACGGUUCGAGUACAAAUACUCAUUCAAACCACCUUAUUUGGCCCAGAAAGAUGGAUCGGUUCCCUUCUGGGAGUAUGGAGGCAAUGCGAUAGCGUCAGGCGAGAGCGUGCGGCUGGCGCCGUCGCUCCGAAGCCAGAAAGGCGCCAUCUGGACGAAACAGCCCAUCAACUUCGACUGGUGGGAGGUCGAUGUCAUGUUCAAGGUCACCGGCAGAGGGCGCAUCGGGGCUGACGGUUUGGCGUUCUGGUACACGUCGGCGCGCGGCGACUACACCGGCGAGGUAUUCGGCUCCUCGGACCGAUGGAACGGUCUAGGUGUCAUCUUCGACAGUUUCGACAACGACAACAAACACAACAACCCUUACAUAAUGGCAGUGCUGAACGAUGGAACCAAGGUGUUCGACCAUAAGAGCGACGGCUCCAUGCAGAUGUUAUCCGGCUGCCUCCGCGACUUCAGGAACAAGCCUUUCCCGACGCGCGCGCGCAUCGAAUACUACCAGAACACGCUCACUGUGCACUUCCACAACGGAAUGUCAAACAACGAGGCGGACUACGAGCUGUGCUUCCGCGCCGAGAACGUGGUGCUGCCCCGCGGCGGGCACUUCGGGCUCUCGGCCGCCACGGGGGGCCUGGCCGACGACCACGACGUCGUGCACCUGCUCACGUCCUCUCUACACAGCACGCAACAGGCUGGUGGGCAGCAAAUCAGCAAUGAUGAACAACAGAAGCUGUCACAGGAGUACCAGGAGUACCAGCGCAAGCUGGACCAGCAGAAGGAGGAUUAUAGGAAGGAGCACCCUGAUGAGGUGCGCGACAAGGAGGGCGAGUUCGAGGACUGGUUCGAGUCGGACGGGCAGCGGGAGCUUAGACAAAUCUUCCAGGGACAGGGACAGAUUCAUGACGUGCUGAGAGAUCUCAACAAGAAAGUCGACGAGGUGAUCGGCAAGCAGAUGAACUCAUUGUCAAUGUUGUCGGCCGUGUACACACACGCACAGGGACAACCCAUAGCAGCGCAGGCGCAGCAGCCGGGACAGGCGCCCAUGCAAAUGGGCGGUUUGCCGGUGGCCAGGCACGACUGGGACGCGCUGGUGGCCAACAACCAGAUCAUCAUCAACACCAUCGCGGAGCUCAAAGGGUUCAUAAUCGAAGUGUCCCGCAAGGCGGACGGGCUCGCGGCGGCCGGCGGCGGGGCGGUCAGCAACCCGCAGUUCCUGGCGGAGAUGAGAGACAGUCUGCAACAACUGCAACAGACUGUCAGUGGAGUCGCACAGAGGAUAUCCUCCCCGGCGCACUCGGCGGCUCAGACGUCGUGUCCGACGCCGAGCUGCGUGGGGCUCACCGCCUUAAUAAUGGUGGUGACGUCCCAACUCGUUGUUAUGUUCCUUUACAACCUCUACAAAGAAAGAAAAGAAGCUCAAGCGAAGAAAUUCUUCUAAGGUAGCUCCAUACCCCUUCCCCUCCCGCACCCCCUCACCAUAUAUCGAUAAUACAAUUGUAAUUAUUUAACAAUUAAUACUCAUAUGUGUAAGACCGGAGAUCUCUAAAUUUUAUCUACUUAUUUGGCCUAUUUAAUAUAUACAAUGUUAGAGAUUUUUUCUUUCAUCAAUAAUUUCUAAUAUUUAUCAAAUACUUAUUUUUAUAUAAAAUACUCUCUCAAAUACUGUUUUUACUGUUUCUCGCAUAUAAAACACUAGCUUUUGCCCGAAACUGCGUGGAAUGAUGAUAAUUGAUAAAAAUACUCUGUCCUUCCCCGGGCCUCAAACUAUCUCCAUACUAAAUGUUCAGAUGUUUUUGAGUUCUUCGUCUCUGUACAUAUACUCUCAACAAAUGUAUUAAAGCAUAUUAGAAUUACUUAAACUCUCAAAGUACAUUACACCAAUUGGACAUAAUAUUCCGAAACUGUGUAUUUUGCGUGGACAUAGGCAAUUUUGAUAUGCAUAUACAUACAUACUUACACAAAUGUCCGUAUGUAGUGUUUCCUGUAUUCAUUAGGUUUUUAAAUAAUUAUAAAUAUUAUAAGUCUUGUCCACUAAGUUCCUGUAACUUUAGCGCCAAUACUCCAAAUGAGAUUAUGACAUACAUUAAUGUCGGACUCAAAUUAUUAUAACUUCAGUUACUAUACUAUUUUCUAUGUUAUUUCAGUCUAAAAUACACGGACAAAAUGCCAAAAAUAUGUGUACACGACCUUAUUGUAAACAUAAAGGUAUUGUAUUAGAUUAUUUUAGACCUUUUUUUGUCUUGGUGGACAGGCUUUCAAAAUUAAAUACACAAUACCAAUACUGGUUUUACACAACUAUAAUAAUUUUUACACAUUUCUUUUUACAGGUUUAUAAAAUAAAAUUAAAUAAAUUAUUUUAAUACCUAUGUUAAAAUCAUAUCUUUGAUUUUCAUUUCGCAUAUGUAGGCCGCCAUUUAAAACUAGGUAGCCAAUAUGUCACAAAUAUCUUAACAUCUUAUUUGAUAUCGAUAAAACAUUAACAUUACUUUAUGAUUGUAUUAUAAAACAACUCCUAAUUUAGGUAUAUACAGUGAGCAAAACUACUAGCUUAGCAUGGGGCAUAUAACAAUAUAUGUGUAGUUUUCAAUCAAAAGGUACCACAUUGUCGCUUGCCAUAAGGACGCUGACAGGUUUUUAAAAUACAAGCAAUUUUCGUCCUUAUGGUAAGCGACAAUGUGGUACCUUUUGAUUGAAAACGUCACAUAUGCAGCGGUGCUAAACUAAUAAUUUUGACGACUGUAUAAGAAGUUUUAAAAACAGGAACGAAUUUAAAUAUCACAGUAUUAUUUUAAGAGCGGGUGCGGGGCCGGUCUUGUCAAUGUAAUGACAUAUGUCAUGUAUAUAAGAUUAUGACACGAAGUUACACGAAGGUACAUGUUGAUUCACGAAAGCUGGCACGAAUGGAAUGAACGAAACUUUCAUUGUAUGAUUGUAUCGGUAUACAGUGAGAGCCGCCAUUUUAUUGGUUAAUGUGAUACACACAUAGAUAUUUUCAUUCAAUCAUUUAUUCGAUUCGUGCCAGCUCUUGUGAAUCGACCAAAUACGAAUGAUCAAAACGAGAUGAGUAAAAAACCGGCCAAGUGCGAGUCGGACUCGCGCACGAAGGGUUCCGUACCAUUACGGAAAAAAACAGCAAAAAAAUCACGUUUGUUGUAUGGGAGCCCUAUUUAAAUAUUUAUAUUAUUCUGUUUUUAGUAUUUGUUGUUAUAGCGGCAACAGAAAUACAUCAUCUGUGAAAAUUUCAACUGUCUAGCUAUCACGGUUCAUGAGAUACAGCCUGGUGACAGACAGACAGACGGACAGCGGAGUCUUAGUAAUAGGGUCCCGUUUUUACCCUUUGGGUACGGAACCCUAAAAAACGUGCCGCCGAGUUGAACAGCUGAACAACAUAGAUGGCGCUGUACGUCGCCAUAUUUUUUGCAGGAACUGAAUUGUUAAACGUCAACUUUUGACAACCAGAGUUACCGCAUAAUGAUGUGAUCUUUCGUCAAAAUUUAUUAUAGUAUUUUACAAACUGGAAGAGUACUAUGAUAGAUGUCUUCUUCUUCUUUUAAAAUUAUGGCUUCAGCCCAGUGGGACUAUUUCGCCAGUAUCAAGGUAUUAAGAGGUUUAAAAACGACAAAAAUUGUACGGUUGUACAAGACAGUGUACGGUGAUUUGUUAGCUCUUGUAAAUCGAUAGCUAGACUUUACAAGAAGCACGUGGACUACUGGCCGUUGACUCCAAGAUGGUGGUUAAACGCGCUUCAAAAUUAAUUCUCCAUUCACUGCACACUACCACAUUAGUUUACUGUAUAAUAAGCUAUCGAUAUUAUACUUUAAACAAUAUUAAUAAGCAAAAAACAAAGUAAUUAAUCACGAUGCUAACUAUCAAGAUGGCGCUCGAACCGGAAGUCGCCAUAUUUUUUGUAGGAACUGAAUUGUUAAACGUCAACUUUUGACAACUAGAGUUACCGCAUAAUCAUUACAUAAUUAUGUGAUCUUUCGUCAAAAUUUAUUAUAGUAUUAUGUCAAUUUAAUACAAUUUCGCGACAUUUGGCAUUUUUAGGUUAUAAAUUGUAUGGAGAUGACAUUUAUCAUCGUACCCUUCCAGUUUCAAAAAUACUAUAUACAUGAAGUCACCUAUUUAUGACAUUGUCAUUACAUUGACUAUUCGACUGUUAUAACGUAAAAGUUCAUUUUUUACCACGUCGAGUUUAAGGAAUAAAUAAUUUGUAAAUAAUAUUUAUAUUUUUGUGUCCUGUAAUAGUUUUAUUUUUCUCAUUUUUUUUCUACGAAAUUUUAUUGGACGACAAAACUUAAGUGAGGUUGUAUUUUUUUUAGAUAAAUGAAGACUUGGUUGGCAUUUAUUCUACUUGGUUGUUACGGAGGAUUCUCGAGCCGUCUCGGUGAAUUUUAGAGAUAAUUCUCGGACGUUCUCAGUUUUUCUUAAGAAUUAAUGAAAAAUCUAUCCCAAUUUAUCUCUUAAUAAGUUCGAGAAUGUUUUUUUUUUAAUUAACUUUUGUUACACCUUGGGUAUACUUGUAGUUUGCGAUUGAUAGAUAGUGCAGUUACAUUUGAUUUUCUAUCUUAUUAAUCAUGUCUAUGAUUUGGCAGAAAAUUAGGUCAUAGAAUCAAGUGUAAUAUAGUAUAAAAUUAAUUUUUCAAUCAUAAACUAGGUGUCAUAUUAUUCUUGUAUUUUUCAUUUAUUUUGUGUUACCAUUUGUUUAAUUCUAGAAAGUUCUCGAGUCGUCUCGAAAAUUCUCCGCUUGUCUUGAAGGUUCUCGUUUGCACUCGCAACUUCUGGUAUCGAAUUUACUAGAAAGAGAAUAAAAUUGUAAUGAAAAAUACAUUGUUUAUUGUUCAACAAUAAAAAUGUGCCAAAUA